GGCUAUACCGAAUCAGCUAAAUGCUUGCACAUUCGAAAGAUUUUCGAUGAUGCUUACCGCUCUACGUUGAGUUGCAUUGUAGUAGACAAUGUAGAACGUUUGUUGGAUUACGGUUCAAUUGGACCACGUUAUUCGAAUCUGACAUUGCAAGCACUGUUGGUUUUGCUCAAGAAACAGCCACCAAAGGGACGCAAAUUGCUCAUUUUGGUCACUUCAAGUAGACGGGCUGUGCUCGAGGAAAUGGAAAUGUUGACCGCCUUCACAUCCAGCUUACACGUACCAAAUCUAUCAAGUGCCGAACACGUUGUAGCCGUGCUUGAGCAUGCAGAGAUUUUCAGCAAGGGUGAAUUACAGGCUAUUGGCAAAAAGAUGGCGGGCAAGAGGAUAUUCAUUGGAAUUAAAACAUUGCUCGGUCUCAUUGAUAUGGCGCGGCAAACUGAGCCCCAGCAUCGAGCUAUUAAAUUCCUCUCCAAAAUGGAGGAAGAAAAUUUCUUGGGAAUGAGUAGCAAAGAACAGUAACUAUAUCGUAGAGAAUUAAAUUUUUCGAUAGUGGAGCUUAAAGACGUUUUCUGAAUAUAAAGAAAAGAAAUUGUGUUAAAGUAAUUAAUUAACAAAAAUACAUAUAUGCAUACAUACAUACAAGUGGAAAGCUAAGUACAUAAAAUGAUCAAAAAAAUUAAUGAAAAACAAAAUAUUUUAUUCUAUUACGUAAUAAUGCUAAUCAUUUAAAAGAAUAUGCAUGUGCACAUGCAGCGAUAUACAUAAAUGCAUACAUUUGCUGGAGCAACAUUAAUUACUUUGAAAUAAGGCAAUGUUUAGCCCAUAUUGUAAGCAGUGUUGGUGGACGGUUUUUAAGCUAGCCAUUAAAUAGUGAGAAAACAAACUCACUGUUCC